GGUAGCCACUCAGGGCCCAGAAGGCCUCCCACUGGAGCUUGUCUCGACUUAGCUUCCACAUCCAAGCCCAAUCAACCCCCGCCAAGGAUUCCCAUCCACCCACCUCAGUAUGCCCCUCCAUUACCUUUUUGGGAGUCCCUGACAAGCCCCCACGGCAACGGAGGAGCUCAGCCUUCCAUGAUAUCAUUUACCCCUCCAUCAGGGGCCGGAGAGAGGACCAUAAGUGAGGCAGAUUAACCUAUAUCUACCCCUCUGCCCCCCCUACUAUCCUCUCCUUCUUCCUCAUCAACAAACAACUUCUUUAUUUCACAUCCCUCUCUUCACUACACUUCAGCAAACAUGCCUGCUUGGCUCGAGAACUUCAAGUCCCACCGGGAUGAGUACGAGGACGCUCCCGCGGAGCACAAGGCCAAGCUCAGCCACGAGGUUAUCGGCGGUGCCGCUGCCUACGAGGCCAUGAAGUCCUGGGAGGAGCACCAGGCCAGAAACGGCAAGCCCGACAACCACGCCCAGGCCAAGGAGAUCCUUGCUGGUCUUGCCGGUGCCUUCAUCGACAAGGAGUUCGAGGAGAAGGGCAUCCCCUUCGCUGAGCGUGAGAAGAUGAAGUGGGAGGCCCGCAAGCACAUCGACCAGACCGAGGAGAGCCAGUUCGAGUACUAAAUUAAGUACUAAGCUGGGGCCACCUAUCGAG